UGUAAGAUGGCCCGUACCAAGCAGACUGCACGUAAGUCCACCGGUGGGAAGGCGCCGCGAAAGCAGCUGGCUACUAAGGCAGCGCGGAAAAGCGCUCCAGCCACCGGCGGCGUGAAGAAGCCACACCGCUACCGGCCCGGCACCGUGGCCCUGCGCGAGAUCCGCCGCUACCAGAAGUCGACCGAGCUGCUGAUCCGAAAGCUGCCUUUCCAACGCCUAGUGCGAGAAAUUGCUCAGGACUUCAAGACCGACCUGCGCUUCCAGAGCUCCGCGGUGAUGGCGCUGCAGGAGGCCUGCGAGGCCUACUUGGUGGGUCUCUUUGAGGACACCAAUCUGUGCGCCAUCCACGCCAAGCGAGUGACUAUCAUGCCCAAGGACAUUCAGCUCGCUCGCCGCAUUCGUGGGGAGAGAGCGGAAGAGGCAAGAAGGUCUAGUUUUGAAAUCCAUGCUGCUGGCUCCUUCCUCUUCUACUAUCUCUUAUCUCUGUUGCUCCACCCUCCCUCCAGAACUACCUUCUGGAACUUGCAAGGUUUUCAGGCUGGUGUACUUGGUGACGGCCUUGGUGCCCUCGGACACCGCGUGCUUGGCCAGCUCCCCGGGCAGCAGCAGGCGCACGGCCAUCGGGAUCUCCCUGGAGGUGAUGGUCGAGCGCUUGUUGUAAUGCGCCAGGCGGGAAGCCUCGCCCGCCAUGUGCUCAAAGUUGUUGUUGAGGAAGGAGUUCAUGAUGCCCAUGGCAUUGAAGGAGAUGCCGGUGUCGGCGUGCAACUGCUUCAGCACCUUGUACACGUACACGGAGUAGCUCUCCUUACAGCAGCGCUUCUGCUUCUUGCUGUCCUUCUGCGCGUUGGUCACCGCCUUCUUGGAGUCCUUCUUCAGGGUGGAAACGGAGUUAGCUGGCUCAGGAGUCGGACCAGCUGUUUUUUCGGUCGCCACCAUUUCCCGAAACCCCUUGUCAUGGCUCGUACGAAGCAAACAGCUCGUAAGUCCACGGGCGGCAAGGCUCCGCGUAAGCAGUUAGCUACCAAGGCGGCCCGCAAGAGCGCGCCGGCCACCGGCGGCGUCAAGAAGCCGCACCGCUACCGGCCCGGCACUGUCGCUCUCCGGGAAAUCCGCCGCUACCAGAAGUCCACCGAGCUGCUGAUCCGAAAGCUGCCGUUUCAGCGCCUGGUGCGCGAGAUCGCGCAGGACUUCAAGACCGACCUGCGCUUCCAGAGCUCCGCGGUGAUGGCGCUGCAGGAGGCCUGCGAGGCCUACCUGGUGGGGCUCUUCGAGGACACCAACCUGUGCGCCAUCCACGCCAAGCGGGUGACUAUCAUGCCCAAGGACAUCCAGCUCGCGCGCCGCAUCCGCGGAGAGAGGGCAUGAGUUGUACUAAGGGCGAGUGCCAACGUAAACCAAAGGCUCUUUUCAGAGCCGCCAAC